AUGGGGAAGCUGAUCAAGUUUUGGGGAAAGGAGAAGAGGUUAUCUCGAAGGAAGAGACUCCAAUGGAAUCGAGUCCUCUUCCUUUUGGGCAUGGUGUUCAUUGGUUCUACUUACCAGCUUUUGAGGAGCCACCAGGCCCUGCCUUCACUAUGGACAACCAUGCAUUCCCAGCACCCUGUGAAAAUGGCCAGCCGGGAUCUUCCUGACAGUGAAAUGGUAACUUUGAAUGGUGACCAUCAGAAAUCCAGUCUGGAAAUGGAAGGCAGUACACUGGAUCCAGAGGAUGGGGACAAGUUAACACCUUCAGCACCUGUGUUAAAGAAAAACCUAAAUAUGCCCGGAAGAAUAGUGAAUAACUAUACCCCAGUGACCCCAGUGACACUUAGAAGAAAGAAGAAAAAUUAUACCUUAACAACAGGCAAGCAAAUAGUGAAGAACUAUACUCCAGCUACAUUUAGUAGAAAUGUUCAGGAUCCUACCUCAACUACACCUAAAAGAACAGAGAGCUAUAUGAUUAUCCCCAAUGCAACAGCAAAAAGUAAUGACACGACGACAAUUCUGAAAACAGUGGAAAAGAAGCUUCUGGCUAUUCCCAAAAGAACAGUGGAGAAUACCCUGGGAACCCCACAAGGAAUAAUUGAAAAUACUCCAACUAUUUUAAAAAGAAUAAUAGAGAAUACUGUGUCACCUCCCUCAAUAAAAGUAGCAAAAACCCCCACUCCAGCUAUCACUAAAAGAAUAACAGAGAAUACCCCAGGUGCCUCCAAGAAAACAGUGGAGAAGAAAACUUCAACUACUCCCAAAAGGCUAAUAGAGAACACUUCAACUGCCCAUAAGAGAACUGUGGAAAAGAAUACUCUAACUACUACAAGUGGACUUUUUGAGAAAAACACCCCAACUACUCCCAAUAAAGCAGAGGAGAACACUCUAACUAUCCCAAAUGGAUUGGUGGAGGACACCUCAACCACAGUCAAGGGAGCAGAGGUCAAAAACACCCCAACUACCCCCAAAAGAGCAGAGGAGAAAAUGUCAACUACCCCUAAGAGAGUAGUAGAGAAGAAAAACUCAAAUACUUCUAAAAGAAGAGAAGCAGAAAAUGUCCAGACUGUUCACCAAACAAUGAUGAAGACGAGUAUUAUGGUACCCAGAAUAACAGUGGAGAAUAAUACUUCUCCUGGAUUGCAUAUUGUGAAUACCCCAACCAAAGCUAGAGAACUGACAUCAAGAACCUCCUCAACCAAGGAGAUGAUGAAGAGAAUCUCGACAGCUGUUCCCAACAUAGGAGUACAUAAUACAACAUCAUCUACCAUGGACAUCAAUACCUCUACUACCCAGAUCCGGCACUGUGUAUUUGUAGAACCUGUCUCAACAGUUCCAGCCAACCUCUCCCCUUCAACAGGCAUGACCCCUUUCCUUGAUGAGACUAGCCAUAGCUCUCCUCCCCCAGUCCAUAACAUUUUGGACUUUCACUCCAAGGCAGAAUACCCUCCAGACCUAUUCAGUGUGGAACAGCGGAGGCAAGGCUGGGUGAUCUUACACGUCUUUGGAAUGAUAUAUGUGUUUGUGGCCUUGGCCAUUGUGUGUGAUGAAUAUUUUGUUCCAGCUUUAGGGGUUAUCACUGAUAAGCUACAGAUCUCUGAGGAUGUGGCUGGAGCCACCUUCAUGGCAGCUGGGGGCUCUGCUCCUGAGCUAUUCACCUCACUAAUUGGUGUUUUUAUCUCCCACAGCAAUGUGGGCAUUGGCACAAUAGUAGGCUCUGCUGUAUUCAACAUCCUCUUUGUCAUUGGCACUUGUGCCCUAUUCUCCAGAGAGAUCCUCAACCUUACCUGGUGGCCCUUGUUCCGUGAUGUCUCCUUCUAUAUCUUUGAUCUCAUGAUGCUCAUCAUCUUCUUCUUGGAUAGCCUGAUCAACUGGUGGGAGAGCUUACUGCUCCUGAUGGCCUAUGCCUUCUAUGUCUUCACCAUGAAGUGGAACCGACAACUUGAAGGCUGGGUCAAAGAACAGCUCAACAAGAGGACAAUAGCCAAGAUUAUGGUUGGGACAGGCCUCAGCAAGACCAGCAAUGGAGAUAUCAGUGCGGAUGCCGUGGAAGAUAGUAAGAAAAUGAAGCUCUCGUCUAUUCUGACCCGAGGAAGCAGUGCAGCAUCUCUACACAACAGCACCAUUCGCAGCACCAUCUACCAGCUCAUGCUGCACACCCUGGACCCCCUAGGGGAAGUGGAAGAACCUGCAGAGCCCGAUGAGCUCCCAGCAGUCAAAGUUUCUCCAGCCUCUGCUGUGGACACUGCCAAAGAUCAGGAUGAACCAACCCCUGGUGGUCAGGAGGGCUCAGAUGCUGGAGAAGAUGAUAAAGAUGAAGAUGAAAGUGAAGGUGAAGGUGAUGCUGAGGAUGAAACUAAGGAUUUAGAAGAAGCUGAAAACCAAGCAGUAGAAAAUAGUGAAGGUGAAGAUCAAGGUGAAACCAAAGAUGAAGGUGAACCCAAUGAUGAAGAUGGUCAAGGUGAUGCUAAUAUUGAGGAUGAAACUAAAGAUCUAGAGGAAGUUGAAAGUCAGGCAGUAGAAAAUAUUGAAGAUGAAAUUCAAGGUGAAAUAAAAGAUGAAGAUGAAGCCAAUGACAAAGAUGGAACUCAAGAUGAUGGUAAUACUGAGACUGAAACUAAAGAUCUAGAGGAAGUUGAAAGUGAAGCUGCAGAAAAUAGUGAAGACGAAGUUCAAGGUGAAAUAAAAGAUAAAGAUGAAGCCAAAGACCAGGAGAAAUAUGAAACUCAGGGUAGAGGUGAAGGUGAAAUUGAAGGGGCCAAUGAUGUUGAAAUUGAAGAGGAAGGUGAAACUCAAGGUCCAGAUCCAGAGGAAGUUUAUAAGAAGGGUGAAGAAGAACAUGGAGAGGGAAGUACAAAGGAAGGUGCAGAAACAGAUGAAGAAGUUGGAGAAGAUGGAGAAGUAGGUGAAGAGAAAGGUGAUGAAGGAGGUGGAGAAGGUGGAGAAGAUGGAGAAGGUGGAGAAGAUGGUGAAGAAGGAGUAAAAGAAGGAGAAGAAGAUGGUGGAGGUGAAGAAGAUGAUGACAGUGAAGAUGAGGAUGAGGAAGAAGAUGAAGAUGAAGAUGAAGAAGAAAAUGAGGAGCCAUUGUCACUAGAAUGGCCUGAAACAAGGAGUAAACAGGCCAUUUACCUCUUCCUUUUACCCAUCGUGUUGCCCUUGUGGCUAACAGUUCCAGAUGUCAGGAAACCGGAAUCUAGGAAGUUCUUUGCGAUCACAUUUCUGGGCUCCAUCCUGUGGAUAGCCAUGUUCUCAUACCUCAUGGUGUGGUGGGCUCACCAGGUUGGUGAAACAAUUGGGAUUUCUGAAGAAAUUAUGGGCUUGACAAUUCUAGCAGCUGGUACUUCAAUUCCCGACCUCAUUACAAGUGUUAUUGUUGCCAGGAAAGGCCUAGGAGACAUGGCUGUGUCCAGUUCAGUGGGCAGCAAUAUUUUUGACAUCACUGUGGGUUUGCCAGUUCCUUGGUUGCUCUUUUCUAUCUUCAAUGAGCUACAGCCUGUUCCAGUGAGCAGCAAUGGCUUGUUCUGUGCAAUUGUUUUGCUCCUUCUCAUGCUCCUGUUUGUGAUCUCUUCGAUUGCAUCCUGCAAAUGGCGGAUGAACAAAAUCCUAGGGUUUACCAUGUUUCUUCUUUACUUCAUAUUCUUGAUUAUCAGUGUAAUGUUAGAAGAUCGAAUCAUAUCGUGUCCCAUCUCCAUCUGA